UUUAUUUAUUUCUUGUUCCUGACUCGAGCUCUGGUGUAAAACUCUAAUUUCCAGCAUGCCUCGCGGCGGAGUGGGUGUGUCCGUGUGCGCUUCCGAAGGGGCGGAAACGAUGCUAAAAACAUUAGCGACUCUCGGGUUUUUUUCUGUUUUUUUUCUCCGUGUGAAUGUUUUAAGGCGGAUUUUUGUUAAAGUUUUCUAGUUAAAAUCGGAUUUAUUGUCGUGGGAAUCCGAUUACACCGAACAAAGCAAACCGAGUGAGCCGUAAUCUUCACCAGGAUCUCAGCGGCUCGGCUAAACAAGCUAACGCUUCUCAGAUCUCCGAGAGCAGGUCCAAGAUGGACGAGAGCAAGAUGGUCAGUGGAAAGGUGAAGAAGCCGGGGAAACGCGGCCGAAAGCCUGCUAAGAUCGACCUGAAGGCCAAGCUGGAGCGCAGCAGGCAGAGCGCGCGGGAAUGCCGAGCCCGGAAGAAGCUGCGCUACCAGUACCUGGAGGAGCUGGUGUCCAGCAAAGAGAGAGCCAUUUGUGCCUUGAGAGAAGAAUUAGAGAUGUACAAGCAGUGGUGCAUCGCCAUGGACCAAGGAAAAAUCCCGUCGGAAAUCAAAGCUCUCCUGACAGGAGAUGAUCAGAAAGGCUCACAAAGCAGCAGUGCCACCAAACCGGCCAAAAACACGAAAUACAACUCGUCUGGCCUCCAGAGCAAAUCCACUUAGAUCUCAAUGUUCCAGACGCUUCCUCUUCACUGUAAGGAACGUCCAGCUUUCUCCAGGGAUGCAGAGGGACUUCGGGAGUAGAGCUACUGGUGUAUAUGAAGGAGGAAGGAACAGUGCAGUGGUCACAUAGAGGACACACAGAGGGUCGUGGGGUUAUAUAUUUUUUUUUCACAUUUGUUUUGGGGGGGUGGGGGGUGUUAAGGGAGGAAACUGGUGUAAGGAAGAACCAUAAAUCUCACAGUAUUGUUGUAAACCUUUGGCACCAUUUCCGUUCAUUCCCAUCCAGGACGAAGCGAGAGGAGGAAUUCUUGCCGAUUUCAGAAAGUCUGAAAACGAAUCGUGCAAGAAAUGGAAAAGGACAUGUGAGGCCCUGACGUACGCACUGGGCGUGGCCAUUAUGUUCUAAGCACUUUAAAGAAUGUUAGCGAAUCUCGUAGCACUGAGUCGAAGCUCCUGGAUCCUGUUGAUUUCGAGUUGAACGGAUCUUUUUGUUCGUUUCACGCGUAUUUAUUUCUUAAUGCGACGUAAAGCACUUUUUCCUGCUUGCUGUGAUGCUCCAUUUAUUUAGCGAUCGUCUCUAUCGUAUACGCUCUGACUGUAUUACACUCACAUUAACACCUCUCUCUCUCACUCUCUCGCUCUCUCUCUCUGAGUUCAGUACUUUAUUAAGAUUCAGUACUCCUAACUAUUUCAGUACUUCUGAUUAUUUACAUUAUUCAGUAUUCUUGAUAUUUUUUUGAUGGAAUAUUUUUGACACUUAAGGUUCAAUACUCUCUUUUCUUUCAGUACUCCUGAUUAUUUAGAUUCAGUACUUUAUUUAGGUCCAGUUCUCUUUAUUUGGUUUAGUACUUUAGAUUGUUUAGGUUCAGUACUCCUGAUCAUUUUUGUUAUGUACUCCUGAGUGUUUAGGUUCAGUACUCUUUUAUUUAGGUUCAGUACUCACUGUUUAGGUUCAGGACUCCUGAUCAUUUAGGUUCAGUACUCUAUGUUCAGUACUUUCUGUUUAGGUUCAGUACUCUCUGUUUAGGUUCAGUACUCUCUAUUCAUGUUCAGUACUUUAAAUUUAGGUUCAGUACUCCUGAUAAUUUAGGUUCAGUAAUCUUUGUUUAGGUUCAGUACUUUAUGUUCAGUACUCGCUAUCAAGGUUCAGUACUCUCUGUUUAGGUUCAAUACUCAAAUGUUCAGUACUUGCUAUAUAGGUUCAGUACUACUCAUAAUUUAGGUUCAGUACUCGCUAUCAAGGUUCAGUACUCUCUGUUUAGGUUCAAUACUCAAAUGUUCAGUACUUUCUGUUUAAGUUCAGGACUCCUGAUAAUUUAGGUUCAGUACUCCUGACUGUUAGGUUCAGUACUCUCUAUUCAUGUUCAGUACUUUAAAUUUAGGUUCAUUACUCCUGAUAAUUUAGGUUCAGUAAUCUCUGUUUAGGUUCAGUACUUUAUGUUCAGUACUCGCUAUUAAGGUUCAGUACUCAAAUGUUCAGAUCUCACUAUAUAGGUUCAGUACUACUGAUAAUUUAGGUUCAGUACUCGCUAUCAAGGUUCAGUACUCUAUGUUCAGUAUUUUCUGUAUAGGUUCAGUACUCCUAACUGUUUAUGUUCAGGACUCUCUGUUCAGUACUCUAUGUUCAGUACUCCUGACUGUUUAGGUUCAGUACUCUCUGUUCAGUACUCCUAACUGUUUAGGUUCAGUACUCCUAAGUGUUUAGGUUCAGUACUCUCUGUUCAGUACUUUUUGUUUAGGUUCAGUACUCUUUCUCUCUUUCUCUCUCUCUCUAUCACACUCUGCAUUAAUAUGAUUGUAUUUGUAGCGUCUCAGAAUAAGCUCUCAUUCUGCGUAAUUUUUCAACCCGUUACAUUUUCCUCCGACGUAUUUUCCGAUUCGUGUGUUCUCAGAUCGGACGGGGCACCGACAGAAAGAAUUAGAUUGUAAUAAAAACCUGAAAAACUCUUUGAGCAGAUUGGAUCGGAUCGGAUCAGACACAUUAAUAAACACACGUUAGGUAAAAUAAUCCCGAAUUACGACGGAGACGAAGCCACACGACGGGACGGAGAACACGGCGUGGAAACAGCGACACGUCCGUGUUUGUCCUCUGUUUUCUGCCUGUCUGUUUCCAACGUCUUUAUUUUGCACAGAAAUAUAUGGAUAUUUUUAUAUUUCUGCAUAAAGUAUGUAUAGAAACUGUAGCAAAAGUUAAAUAUUUGUUUAUGUAAAAAAAAAUAUA